GAGAAAGUGAGAUGAUGACUUGAGACUUUCGUUUGAAGCCGAGAAACAAGGCGCGGAGAAACGAAGACAACGACGACGAACGAUGAUGAACACAUCACAAAACGAGGACUGGUAAUCGGAUGAAUGUGUUUGGAAUCGAAACUGUGGAAUCAUGAAAUGGAGAUCAUUGCUUCAGGACUUGAAGGAUAAGGUUGGAGUAGCUGAAACAACCGCCGAGUUAAAUGUCGAAGACGUCGUCAGUGACUCCCCUACUCCACCGUCUUCAUCAGCUUCCCCGUCCUCUAUUAACGCUGUCUCUGCUCAGCAUGACUUCAAUUCAUUAUCUCCUACAAGCCGAGACAAACGUAAGCUGGAACUGGACUUCACGAGAUACUGGGAAGAGUUCCGUUCAUCAAGCUCUGAACAGGAGAAAGAAGCCGCCCUGAAUCUGAGUGUGAAUACGUUUUGUAGACUAGUGAAGCAGCAUGCUAAUGUAGAUCAGUUAGUUACCAUUUUAGUAGAAACACAUAUAUUCUCUUUCGUCAUUGGGAGAGCAUUUGUGACAGAUGUUGAAAAGUUAAAGAUUAGCAGCAAGACAAGAUCAUUAGAUGUUGAGAAAGUACUAAAUUUUUUUUCUGAAGUCACCAAGGAGGGUUCAAGUCGUGGUGCAGACCUUUUAACUGCUGUUGAAGUCCUUGCAUCUGGGCCUUUCGACAAACAAUCUCUAUUGGAUUCUGGGAUAUUAUGUUGUCUAAUACACAUUCUCAAUGUGCUUCUGACUUAUAGUGAAGGUGAAAAAACUGUUAAUGCUGAAGAAAAGGUGGUGGGGAAUGUUGUCCAUAUCAUGAAAGCAUUGGCAAGCCAUCCUUCUGCUGCACAGAGUUUGAUUGAAGAUGACUCUUUUGAGCUGCUUUUCAAAAUGGUUUACAAUGGUUCUCUCGUGGCUCUUUCUCAAUAUAAAGAUGGCCUAGUUUCAUUACACAACAUACAGCUUCACAGACAUGCAAUGCAGGAGGGUUCAAGUCGUGGUGCAGACCUUUUAACUGCUGUUGAAGUCCUUGCAUCUGGGCCUUUCGACAAACAAUCUCUAUUGGAUUCUGGGAUAUUAUGUUGUCUAAUACACAUUCUCAAUGUGCUUCUGACUUAUAGUGAAGGUGAAAAAACUGUUAAUGCUGAAGAAAAGGUGGUGGGGAAUGUUGUCCAUAUCAUGAAAGCAUUGGCAAGCCAUCCUUCUGCUGCACAGAGUUUGAUUGAAGAUGACUCUUUUGAGCUGCUUUUCAAAAUGGUUUACAAUGGUUCUCUCGUGGCUCUUUCUCAAUAUAAAGAUGGCCUAGUUUCAUUACACAACAUACAGCUUCACAGACAUGCAAUGCAGAUUCUUGGGCUUCUUCUUGUCAAUGACAAUGGUAGCACGGCAAGCUACAUACGCAAACACCAUCUGAUAAAGGUUCUCCUAGUGGCUGUCAAAGAUUUUGAUCCGGACUGUGGGGACUCAUCUUAUACAAUGGGCAUUGUGGAUUUGUUACUUGACUGUGUGGAACUAUCAUACAGACCUGAAACUGGUGGGGUUAGACUCAAAGAGGACAUACGAAAUGCACAUGGUUACCAUUUCCUUGUACAGUUUGCCCUGAUUUUGUCUUCUAUGCCAAAAGAUAUGGUUUUCGCAUUCAAUCAUUCAUCUCCACACAAAAAUAGCGGUUCCGAUGACUCUGAAAAUCAGCCACCUCUUUCAUUGAAUAGUAGUCAAAAUGAUGACAGGGCUUCACAAAAUUUCUCCCCUUCACUGUCCAGAUUGCUUGAUGUUCUUGUCACCUUGGCUCAGACUGGUCCCAUUGAGUCACCUGGAGCAAAUACUUCACUAUUUUCCCACACAAAGCCCACUGCUAACAAUCUGUAUGAUGAGGAUCAUGGAAAUGGUAAAGUUAAAGACCUUGAAGCUGUCCAAAUGUUGCAAGACAUCUUUCUGAAAGCAGAGAACAAGGAUCUUCAGGCUGAAGUGUUAAACCGAAUGUUCAAGAUAUUCACGAGCCAUAUGGAAAACUAUAGAAUGUGCCAGGAACUAAGGACUGUUCCACUUCUGUUGCUGAACAUGGAUGGUUUUCCUUCCUCACUGCAAGAGUUAAUCCUCAAAAUUCUUGAAUAUGCUGUCACAGUUGUAAAUUGUGUUCCAGAGCAAGAAUUAUUGUCACUUUGUUUCUUGUUGCAACAGCCAAUCAAUUCCGAGUUGAAGCAUACCAUACUUUCUUUCUUUGUGAAGCUCACAUCUUUCGAUCUAAGGUACAAGAAAGUCCUAGGUGAAGUUGGCGUUUUGGAAGUCUUACAAGAUGAUCUGAAGCAGUGCAAACUUUUACUAAAGAAAUCUGAAGCUAAUCAGGCAGCUUUUCGUUUUGCCAACGGUGUGACUGUCAUUCUUCCAUUCUUAAUCUCUGAUGAACAUCGUACCGGUGUUUUGAGGAUUUUGUCAUGUUUAAUCACAGAAGACAUUGAACAGAUCCAUCAUGAAGAGUUAGAAGCUGUUAUCGAUGUGUUGAAGAGUGGAAUGGUCACUGGAAUCUCUGGGCAUCAAUACAAGCUUCACUAUGAAGCCAGAUGUGAUACAAUGGGUGCUCUGUGGCGUAUUCUUGGGGUUAAUGGCUCUGCUCAAAGAUUAUUUGGUGAAGCCACUGGUUUUUCUCUUAUGUUGACCACCCUUCAUACGUUCCAAGGGGAAGAAGAGUGUAGGGAUGAGUCUCUUGUGAUGGUUUUCAUCAAAUUGUUCAGAUAUCUAUUGCGCCUCAUGACAACUGCAGCCUGUGAGAAUUCUAUCAAUAGGAUGAAACUGCACAGUGUCAUUACAUCUCAGAUAUUUUAUGAUCUUGUGGUGGAGUCUGGUUUGCUGUGUGCUGAUCUGGAAACACAGGUGAUACAACUGUUUUUAGAACUUGCACUUGAAGUUGUGCUUCCACCGUUUUUGACAUCAGAAUCUAUGGCCUCAGCUGAGACGGCAGAAAGUGAAAAAGCAAGCUUUCUUGUAAAAACUCCAUCUGGCCAAUUGAAUCCUGACAAGCAGAGGAUCUAUAAUGCAGGUGCUGUCAGAGUUCUGAUCCGUUCACUGUUGCUUUUUACUCCAAAAAUGCAGCUGGAAUUUCUGAAUCUUCUAGAAAGGUUUGCACGUGCCAGCCCAUUCAACCUGGAAAACCUCACGUCAGCUGGUUGCGUAGAACUCCUGCUGGAGAUUAUCCAACCCUUUCUUCCGGGUUCAUCUCCAUUUCUUUCUCAUGCUUUAAAGAUUGUUGAAGUUCUUGGGGCGUACAGAUUGUCUCCAUCCGAGCUCAAACUGCUGUGUAAAUAUGUUAUUCAAAUGAGGGCUAUGCAUUCGGGUCACUCACUAGUUGGUAUGAUGGAAAAACUAAUUCUCAUGGAAGACACAAGUUUGGAAGAUGUUUCCCUGGCCCCUUUUGUUGAAAUGGACAUGAGCAAAACUGGGCAUGCUUCUGUUCAGGUGUCCCUGGGAGAAAGAUCUUGGCCUCCUGCUGCUGGUUAUUCAUUUGUUUUGUCUCUUUCACUGCUUGCAUGUGUGCUUCAUCAGAAUUCUCAGAAUGUAAAGGAUAUGGAAACAUACAGGGGCUACCAUUUACUAGCUCUGUUUUUGCGUCCCAAGAUGGCGCUAUUUGACAUGAAAUGUUUGGAGAUAUUGUUCCAAAUUUCUGCAUGUGAAGCUUUCUUUUCAGAGCCAAAGAAGUUGGAGAGUGGACAAAGUACUAUUUGCAUGUCACCUACGGAGGUUACACCUGAAAACAACUAUGAGGAUCUUAGUCUGUCAAAAUUUCAGUCUAAACCUUCUUCAGUUGGAUCUCAUGGAUAUCUGGAUGAUUUUUCAGGGCCCAAAGAUUCUUUUAGUCAUUUAUCUGAGCUUGAAAUGGGAGUUAGUCCUGUUGAAACUUCAAACUGCAUUGUCUUAUCCAAUGCAGAUAUGGUGGAACAUGUCCUCCUGGAUUGGACCCUCUGGGUGACAGCCCCUGUUUCCAUCCAGAUUGCCUUACUUGAUUUUUUGGAGAACCUCGUCUCAAUGCGUUGGUACAGGAGUCACAAUCUUACAAUUCUGCGUCAAAUCAAUCUGGUGGAACAUUUGUUAGUGACACUUCAACGAGGGAAUGUGGAAGUUCUUGUCCUAGAAAAGUUAGUUAUUUUUCUUGGAUGCGUCUUACAAGAGAGUUUCCUUACUUCUGAGCUUGAAAGUGUGGUUAGGUUUGUGAUUAUGACAUUUAAUCCACCUGAAAUAAAAUCACAGAACUCAUCCAUGCGCGAGUCAAUGGGAAAGCAUGUAAUUGUGAGAAAUUUGCUUCUGGAGAUGCUUAUUGAUCUCCAGGUAACCAUAAAAGCAGAAGAAUUGCUGGAGCAGUGGCAUAAGAUAGUCUCAUCAAAAUUACUAACGUACUUUUUUGACAGAUUGAGCAUGCAAUCAAUGCUUGCCCACCACCCUGGAAACCUUUCACAGGUGACGGAUAGCCUUGUAGAUGAGCUUGUUGAGGGCAAUGCAGAUAUGACUGGAGACCUUCAAGGGGAAGCUUUAAUGCAUAAAACAUAUGCGGCACGGUUGAUGGGCGGUGAAGCUUCAGCUCCUGCUACUGCGACAUCUAUUAUCCGUUUCAUGGUUGAUCUAGCGAAGAUGUGCCCUCAAUUUUCAGCUGCUUGCAGAUCCGCAGAAUUUCUCCAAAAUUGCGCUGAUCUUUACUUUUCCUGCAUCAGGGCUUCUCAUGCUGUGAAGAUAGCCAAACAGCUCUCAGUGAAAGGAGAAGAGCAGAAUAUAAGUUGUUGGGAUGAUAGCAGCGCAAAAAGCACUUUCUCUAGAUUUCCUCACCGGGAUCAGUCCACAAAAACCUCCAUCAGUGCUGGAAGCUUUCCUCAAGAGCAGGCUAGUGUGAGCUCUGUAGUCAUGCCUUUACCUUCGGAUUAUGUGGCUAUUGAUAAGAUGGAAAACAUUCUUACAACACCACCAAGGGAUUCAAUUAAAUCAUUUCAAGGUCGUGAGAAACAAGAUGGUGAUCAUGCUGGCCCUGUAUCAGCCUCCAGCGAAAUGCAAUCUUUACAUUGCAAAGGUAGUUCAAGUGAAGUUCAGCCAACAGAGUCCCAUACUUCUGAAUCUUUCUCGAUGUUAGAGUCUCCCCUUUUCUCUGAAAAAUCAAGUCUCGACGUUCCAUUCACUCCAUCACCAUCUCCGGCUGUAUCCUCGCUAAGCUCUAACUAUAAUGAAUUCAAAAGUUCUACAAGUUCUUCUCCUCUUCCGUCGCAUAUCUCAGUUAGUGAAUUUGCUGCAUCUUCAGAUCACACGUCAGGUUCAUCUGCUGCCCAUACAAUAUUUACCAUUAGCCCAAAAAUUCUCCUCGAAACUGAUGAGUCUGGGUAUGGUGGUGGGUCGUGUUCUGCUGGAGCAAGUGCCGUGCUAGAUUUUAUGGCAGAGGUAUGUGCUGACUUAAUGUCUGAGCAGAUCAAAGCAGUACAGGCUUUGGAAAGCAUUUUAGAAAUGAUUCCUUUAUAUGUGAAUCCUGAAUGUGUUCUAGUAUUUCAAGGGUUAUGCCUUAGCAGAGUCAUGAACUAUCUUGAAAGGCGUCUAUUGCGUGAUGAUGAAGAGGAUAACAAAACAUUGGACAAAAGAAAAUGGUCUACAAACUUGGAUGCAUUUUGCUGGAUGAUUGUUGAUCGUCUAUAUAUGGGAGCUUUUCCUCAACCAAUUGGAGUCCUUAAAACCCUUGAGUUCUUGUUAUCAAUCCUGCAAUUGGCUAACAAAGAUGGUAGGGUUGAAGAAGCCACUUCUUCAGGGAAGGGUCUGUUAUCGAUAGGAAGAGCAACCAGGCAACUCGAUGCUUAUGUGCACUCAGUCCUGAAGAAUACAAAUCGAGCAAUACUGUAUUGUUUUCUUCCAUCGUUCUUGACAAUCAUUGGAGAGGAGGACCUACUUUCACGUCUGGGAUUGUUUGUUGAAUCUAAUAAGAGUCAAUCUUCAAAUCUAAGCGUCGAGGAAUCUGAAGUUGAUAUCUCAACAGUUCUUCAACUGCUGGUUGCAAACAAGAAUAUUAUAUUUUGCCCAAGCAAUCUUGAUAGAGAUUUGAAUUGCAGUUUGUGUGUGAAUUUAAUAUCUCUACUCCAUGACCAGAGAAAGAAUGUGCAAAACAUGGCAUCUAAUAUUGUCAGAUAUUUGCUGGUUCACCGAAAAUCUGCUUUUCAAGAUUUGCUUGUCAAAAAACCACACCGAGGAAAAAAAGUUGAUGUACUACACGGGGGUUUUGAUAGAUUGCUGACUGAAAAUCUUCCAGAAUUCUCUAAGUGGCUUGAGAGCUCCGAACAAAUUAUAAAUAAAGUACUCGAGCAGGGUGCUGCAGUUAUGUGGAAACAGUACAUAGCUGGCUCAGAAAAAUUUCCUGAUGUUAGAAUGAAAGGCAUGGAUGGUCGCCGCACUAGAGAGAUGGGGAGAAAAUCACGAGAUACGUCGAAGUUAGACGAGAAACACUGGGAGCAGGUAAGUGAGCGAAGAUAUGCACUUGAAAUAGUGCGUGAUGCUAUGUCCGCUGAGCUUAGAGUUGUCCGGCAAAAUAAAUAUGGUUCGAUACUUUAUGCCGAGAGUGUGUGGCAAACUCAUCUCCAGCAGCUGGUACACGAACGUGGUAUAUUUCCGUUGCGUCUUUCCCAGGGAUUUGAAGAUAAAUGGCAACUCUGUCCUAUUGAAGGUCCUUACAGAAUGCGGAAAAAGCUUGAACGAUGUAAACUGAAAAUUGAUAGCAUCCAUAAUUUACUAGAAGGGAAGUUAGAACUUGGAGAAAUUGAGCUACUCAAAUCCAAAAAUGAAGAUGGCCUAGUUAUUUCUGAUAUGGAUUCGGAGCAAGCUUUCCUGCUAAGUGAACUUUACAGCGAGUCAUUUUUCGAAGAAGCUGAUGACCUUAAGGAUUUUUCUUCUGCUAGAAAUGGAUGGAAUAAUGAUAGAGCUAGUAGUACAAAUGAGGCGAGUCUUCAGAAUGCUCUUUCUUUUGGUGGAAAAUCUUGUAGUACAGCAUCUGUUCCAAUAAGCGUCUACACAGAUGCAAAAUCUGAGAAUGGAUCUCCAAUAAAUUCAUCUUCUGGUAUGGAUGAAAUCAGAGCUGUAGAGGAAGAAUCAGAGAAGGAACUGAAUGAUGAUGGUGACUAUUUGAUCAGACCUUAUCUGGAACAUCUUGAAAAGGUUAGGUUCCAAUAUAACUGUGAGAGAGUUGUUGGUUUGGACAAACAUGAUGGGAUCUUCUUAAUAGGGGAACUCUGCCUAUAUGUGAUAGAGAAUUUUUACAUUGAUGAUCAUGGGUGUAUCUGUGAGAAGGAAUCGGAAGAUGAGCUAUCCAUUAUUGAUCAGGCUCUAGGUGUGACGAAACAAUUCACCGGAAGCUUGGAAUCACAGUCCAAGUCUAGCACAUUAUGGAGUACAACAAUGAAAACCGACGCUGUAGGGGGAAGAGCAUGGGCAUAUGGUGGUGGGGCUUGGGGAAAGGAAAAAGUGCGUGUGACUGGUAACUUGCAACAUCCUCGGCGUAUGUGGAAGCUAGAUAGUGUUCAUGAGAUUUUAAAGCGUGAUUACGAGCUGCGUCCAGUUGCUGUUGAGAUAUUUAGCAUGGAUGGAUGUAAUGAUCUCCUUGUGUUCCACAAGAAAGAGAGGGAAGAAGUCUUCAGAAAUCUCCUUGCCAUGAAUCUUCCAAGGAACAGCAUGCUCGAUACAACCAUUUCAGGAUCUGCGAAACAGGAAAGUAAAGAGGGUAGCCGUCUUUUCAAAUUGAUGGCAAAGUCUUUCACGAAAAGAUGGCAAAAUGGGGAGAUCAGCAAUUUUCAAUACCUAAUGCAUCUCAACACCUUAGCAGGACGUGGAUACAGUGAUCUCACACAGUAUCCAGUAUUUCCGUGGAUUUUAGCAGAUUAUGAUAGCGAGAGUCUUGACUUGUCAGAUCCAAAGACUUUUCGCAAGCUUGACAAACCAAUGGGUUGCCAGACACCUGAAGGAGAAGAAGAAUUUAGAAAAAGAUAUGAGAGCUGGGAUGAUCCAGAGGUUCCAAAUUUUCAUUACGGGUCUCACUAUUCAAGUGCUGGCAUUGUUUUGUUUUACCUUAUUCGCCUACCACCAUUCAGUGCUGAAAACCAGAAGCUGCAGGGUGGUCAAUUUGAUCAUGCUGAUCGACUUUUUAAUAGUAUUAAAGAAACUUGGCUAAGUGCAGCUGGAAAAGGAAAUACAUCAGAUGUGAAAGAACUAAUUCCUGAAUUUUUCUACAUGCCUGAGUUCUUAGAAAAUAGAUUUUACCUUGAUUUGGGUGAAAAACAGUCAGGGGAGAAGGUGAGUAAUGUAUCUUUACCUCCUUGGGCUAGAGGAAGUGUUCGUGAAUUCAUCUGCAAGCACAGAGAAGCGUUGGAGUCUGAUUAUGUUUCAGAGAAUCUGCAUCACUGGAUAGAUCUCAUAUUUGGACACAAACAGAGAGGAAAGGCUGCAGAAAAAGCUGUAAAUGUUUUCUAUCAUUACACCUAUGAGGGGAAUGUGGAUGUGGAUGCAGUUACAGAUCCUACCUUGAAGGCAUCCAUACUAGCACAGAUUAAUCAUUUUGGACAAACGCCAAAACAACUAUUCCAGAAACCUCAUGUUAAAAGAAGGACAGACAGAAAAUUCCCUCUGCAUCCUCUGAAACACUCGAUGCAUCUUGUUCCUCGCGAAAUACGUAAAUUAUCAUCAUCGAUAAACCAAAUCAUCACUUUCAAUGAGAAGUUGCUUGUUGCCGGUUCUAACUGUUUCCUGAAACCUAGAGGCUAUAAGAAAUACAUAAGAUGGGGUUUCCCAGACAUGAGUUUGAGAUUUAUGAGCUAUGAUCAGGACAAGCUCUUAUCUACCCAUGAAAAUCUCCAUGAAGGCAACCAGAUCCAGUGUGCUGGUGUUAGUCAUGACGGGCGCAGUGUCGUCACUGGAGCAGACGAUGGCCUAGUCUCUGUGUGGAGAGUCAACAAGGAUGGCUUGCGUGGUUCACGGCGUUUACGGUUAGAGAAAUCCCUUUGUGCACACACAGCCAAGGUCACUUGUCUACGUGUAAGCCAACCUUACAUGAUGAUUGCAAGCGGUUCAGAUGACUGUACAGUUAUCAUAUGGGAUCUCAGUUCUUUAAGUUUUGUGAGGCAGCUUCCGAAUUUUCCGGUUCCCAUUUCAGCAAUCUAUAUAAAUGACCUUACAGGAGAAAUCAUAACUGCUGCUGGAAAUUUACUUGCGGUUUGGAGCAUCAAUGGCGAUUGCCUUGCUGUGGUUAAAACAUCGCAAUUACCAUCAGAUUUGAUAGUAUCAGUAACAGGCUCAACGUUUUCUGACUGGCUGGAAACAACCUGGUACGUGACUGGUCAUCAAAGCGGGGCACUUAGAGUGUGGCAGAUGGUACAUUGUACUGAUCCGGUGAGUGCCGAGAACAAACCUGCUAGCGACAGAACAGUAGGGAUACAUUUAGGGGAUCAGGUGCCAGAAUACAAGUUGCUUCUACACAAGGAGUUGAAAUUUCAUAAGAAACCAGUUACAGCUCUGCAUCUCACGAUCGACCUGAAGCAAUUACUGAGCGGUGAUUCAGAUGGACAUUUGCUUUCAUGGACAGUGCCAGAUGAGAUAUUAAAAGCUUCACUCAAAAAGGCUUCAUAGUUUAGAGUCAGAAGUGUCAUCUAUAACUAGGACGGAAGCACCUAGGAGGUAGAUCAAAGUCAAAAUGUAAGACCUCAAAGAGAAGAUGUUGAAUCUCUUUGUUGAAUCUCUUACGUCACAUCUGAUUUGCAGAUUAGAUGUUGUUGCCCAAUGGAGAAACAGCAAGGCGAGACAAAAACGCGUCGAUUUGACAAUAACCAACAGGCUUGUCUUUAGAAUUUGUGUAAAUAUAGCUAACAUGUAAUUUGUGUGUACAGUAGACUAUUCUGCAAAGAAUAAACUGGGUAAAUCUAGUAUUAGAGCCCCAUCUAUAUUUCUCAGAUGAAAUUAUGUAAUCAUUUCUAUUGUUACUAUACUAGCUUAGGAACU